GCGGUGAGUACUAUACGAUCAGUUCAACUGCCCACCUUUCCACUGCUCUCCCUUUCCUGCUUUGCUUCUUCCUUCACCUACGGUCAUAUGCACGCGUAUAGUCCAUCGAUGGAGUUGCUACUGCUUGCACAAGCAGGUGUGCAUCCCCAAGGUUGUUCCACGUGCUACUAUUCUCACGCUUGUGAAAGCACAUUGGCGAGAAGAAGACGACGCUUCGCAGAGGUCUGCGGAUGAGUGGAAGUGUCAAUCUGCAGAUCUACGACGACAUUGCGAAAGUGACCCUCACGCUAAGAGGCGGCGCAGCCCAAGCAGCGUACGUGACAACCGCCGCCAACGGCUGCGCAGCUGCACGACCCAUGCCAGCAAUGAGACAGACACACCUUACCUUCACCGCGUCCUCCACCAUGGACAUCAAAGCCCCCAUCCCCGACACCCACGGGCUCGACAAUCGCGCCGCGCGCCAUCAAAGCCGAGAAGAAGCCACCAACCCAGCCUUCCCCGAAGACCUUUUCUCCUACGACACCGUCUCCUCCUCUCCCGCCCGCUGCCUCUACACUAUCGCCGAACUCGACGAAUUCAUCCGCGCAGCACCAACCGCCACCUUCCAAGGCUACCUGAGUCUCUUGAUCGUCGAAGUGAAUCUCGUCGACUGCUUCAACCGCCACACGCUGCUGAGCGGCGCCUGCUGCCAUGCACCCGUACACGCCAACGCGCUUACGGCGACGUGCAAGCGGUGCAACGAGCAAGUCAGCCUGCGCCUGAAUCCGCUCAUCCUUGGACAAGUCGUGGAUGAGACGGCGGCUAUCGAGGCGGGCGGGUUACUGCUGAGUGAUCGGGCUUGGAGGGAUUUCUUGGGUCGUGGGCCGGAGGCGUUGCUUGACUUGGACGCGGGUGGGCUUAAGCAGAUUGCGGACCGGCUGGUGUUUUGUCGGCUGACGACUGUCUUUGGUUGGACGCCGGACCAGAGCAGGGCCGGCGGGAGGAUAUGCGUGAUGCGGUUCCGCUCUUGACGUGGGUUCUCCCUGUGGAUCGCAAAUGGCUAGCAAAAAUCCAAGUUGAUAUCAGACUCACACCGAUGCUGUGCGACGACAGACUGGAACACAUAGCAUGCAUCCAUGCAUUCGUUCGUCCACCACACGUACAAAGUAGCUAAGGUAUAUAAAGCCCCCAAGUCAAAUGGUCAUCACAUCCACAGGCCGUCAAGUAAGGAAGCCCAUAAUAAGAUCCGUACGCGCCCAGAAUCCCCCUCCUCCGGUUUGAAACCACUCAAAUCACUCCGCAACAGACCCCGUCCGAUUAAGAAUCGCCUUCUCCUGC